AUGCCUUGGUCAACAACUCAACGACAAAGACUGGCAUUUGAGAAAUCGCUGCUGGAACAAUAUUUCCGCAACAGAGUAACAUGGAUUGAUCCGACAGGCGACACAAAGGUUGAGGUCCGAGUGACUUGCAGCAACGAUAGACAGCACACUUUACGAGUGUACCUGCCAUCAGACUAUCCAAACUCUGUUCCCGAUAUGAUUGUGAAAACCCCUGGAAUGACCACGGUGAAAAGUCGCAGCGGAGGUGAGAUGAGUGGAGGCAGUACUGACCACAUUAUUGGGACCCGUGACGGCUGCACAAUGAUCUGUCAUUUCAAGCCGGCUUUGUGGAAGGAUGACAACACACUGUAUCAAGUUAUUAUGAAGGGUAUGAUAUGGUUGGAGGCAUACGAGGCCCAUUUACGAACGGGAAGAAAUUUAAAUGCUUAUCUAGCUGAGAUGUGACUGCGCAUCGUGACAGAUAAACGAACAAUUAAGGAUUAGGACAUUCACAUAAGCCAUAAGAUUAAAAUUUCGCAGGAAUCAAAGGCCUAGAUCAAAUCAGUUUUUUUAUGUAUAAGAGAAAAUCAACCAAAUGUUUCAUCAACAAGGCGGCUGAAAACCUUUUGACGUGUAAAUUGAGUGAAAAUUGAUAUGUGUAUAGUAACGGAUGCUGCUUUUUCUUUUUGCCCAAGAAGUGCUUAUUUUUAUCUAGUCAAAAUCAUAUCGCGCAUGAACGAAUCUCUUGGUAAAAGGACGAUAAAGAUAAUUAAAAUUUUUGGUACCUCCGGUGUCGCAAUAAUCAUCAUCGUCAUCAUCAUCGUCGUCGUCAUCAUGAUCAUCAUCAUGAUCAUCAUCAUCAUUUUUUGUGCUCAAUCAGGAGCCAGCAUUGGCUUGAACGUUUGUAAAUGGGCUGGUGAGAGUCGGUUCCCUAGCCGGGGGCUCUUCCGCCCGUGGUUAAAAACUUUCGUCGCACCUUUUCUCCCGACCCAACUGACUGCCCCUGGGUCUCCGGGGAUGGUGCUGCCUUUGUAAAGAAAUCUGCAAACGGUUAGACUUUCUAGUCUUCUCGGAAAAGGACGAUAAACCGUAAGACCCGUCUUACAACCCACGCACAGAGAAACUUUGACAGAACCCGCACACCGCUCGUAAUGAGUAGUCCCCGUUGUGGUGGUCCAUCUCUCCUUGGGGAAUGGACUGUUACGGGUCCGCAGUAAUUGGCGCCACGCGCUGUUGCGGUGACCCUACCGAGAAUAGGCGAGCCUAAGGAAAAAACGAGUAAAAUGAUAAUGAAUAUGCUCCACAUUUUCCCCUCGCACCUGUAGCAAGGCCUCACAUGAAGUUGGAAACGGGAUGAAUGAACAAGUAAACUAUGCACCCUAAAACCAAAGUAAAAGAGGUUUGAAAUAUACGGGUCCAAUGAAACUGGAGAUUUUAUAGAGGUGCGAGGCUACUUCAAAAAUCAUUCUGUCAUUACAUGACAAUCUAACCAGCACGAUAAGCUGGGGUUCCCGGUAACUACAAUAGAUGGCGUAAUUAAUACUGAGCACGAAAGUGGUCUAAGCAAAAUGAUCCAGCCAGGUAAACCGGGUCGCUACCCGGCUCAUGUCAGCUCAGCACCUCAGUGACUAAUUUUGUUAUACAACUGAGUAUGUCUCUUGUUAGUGAUAUAUCAGGGGCGGAUCCAAGAUUUUUCUUAGGAGAGUGUACACCACUAAAGAAUAGCGUAACUGACCAGUGACGUAAAAAAAAAUUUUUAAAGCGAAUACGAAGAAGAAGGCUUUUGUCUAGGCAAUAACAUGAUUUGAACUCCCGAGAAUACAUAUAUCAUACAUGUCUGCAUAUUUCGCAGAAUACCAGUUGUCAGGAGCCCUCUCCGGAGGGGGGGGGGGGGGCACUCCCUGCACCCUUCCCUAGAUCAGCCCCUGUAUUUGAUUAUUGCAGAAUGUUUGUCACAUAAACCUAUAGGUUAGUGCUCUUAGCUCCUAUAAGUCUCCUGUAGCUCAGUGGUAGAGCAUCUGGACUAUCAGCCACAGGAGCCCAUAACCCGGAGCGAGCAACGCCCGUACUAGGCAUUUGUCACGGCGUUUUUACGGACCAGUUUAUUUUUAGACACAUUUUAGGGCACGUUUUCCGCGAAAAAGAAUCUCCACCAUGUCUAUGAGCGCAUUCGAAGUAUAAGAUAUCGUAAAGGAAAACUAAAUGUUAUUAAAAAGCAAAAAAAUAUUAUUUUUAGAUCUGUAAGUUUUGCUGCCUGGUUUGUGGAAUUUAAAAGGUAUUCAAAAUUCGCGCCAAAACCGUUCCAAUAAUAAACUGGUCCAUGAAAACGACGUGACACGAGCGCAUGGAAGUUGCUCGCUUCGGGUUAUGGGCUCCUGUAGCCAGGAGGUCAUAAGUUUGACUUCUUUUUGGGAGUAUUCAGAUUUUUUCUUCCGAGCAGCCCCGCUGAGUCACUGACUGAAUAAGUACCUUUCUCAUGCUUUCGCCUGGCUCAAAAUUUACCUUCUCACUUUUUAUCAUAUUACUUCGAUUUUCUAAGUCGCCUUUUUCUUGUUAUAUAUUGUUGUUUCAAAAAAAGGGAACAUUAAAUGCACCUCCUUUUAUGAAUAAUGAAGGUGGCAAUGCAAGCUUUUUCCUAGAAAGGACAUUAAAGCACAUGCGCAUGAAAAGCGAAAGGAAGUUUUGACUUUUGAGUUGUUUUUUUCAGGAUUCAAAACAUACGUUCAAAAUUCGUCUUUGCCGUAGUGUCGGUAUGUCUUGGUCUGCAACUCAACGACAAAGGCUUGCAUACGAAAAGUCAUUGCUUGAAAAAUACUUUCAAAACAGAUUAACAUGGAUUAAUCCAACUGAGGCAGGGGAGACAAAGGUUGAAGUCCUAGUGACCUGCAGCAACGACAAGCAGUACAUCUUGAGAGUUUACUUGCCGCCAGAUUUUCCUAACUCCGUCCCUCCUAUGAUUGUGAAGACGCCGUCCAUGACUACGCUAAAGAAACGCAACGGGAACGCCUUACACGGAAUCGCUGAUCACACUUACGGAGUGCGGGACGGCUGUACCCAAAUCUGCCAUUUCAAACCAGAUUUGUGGAAAGAUAACAACACGUUAUACCAAGUGGUCAUGAAAGGUUUGAUAUGGCUGGAAGCGUAUCAGGCCCACCUUCGUACAGGACAACCUUUGAAUGUGUAUCUUUCUGAAAUGAGUUCCAGAGGUCAGAGUGUUAACCAGUAUCGCCAUACCAUGGGCAGAAAAGCCUUCGCCGCUUGUGUGUUUUGUGUUCUUGUGGCCUGUUACUACUUGCUCCGCCGUACCACUUAA